AAGCAAAGCUAUUAUGUGGAUUAUAGAUCAUAGAAACCAAUUGUUACAAUGUUUUUUAAAUGUAAUCCCAAACAACACACCGUUUACCGAAUAUUAAGGUGACCGUGUUAAAAAAAUAAUAAACUAUAUUAUAAAAAAAGAACUGUAAAACAACAACGAUCUCCUCCACCCAAGGAAAUCACAGUGAGAGUGAUAUCACUACCGCACACAUUAUUGCCCUCGCUGUUUCCAAUAAAUAAAUAAAUAAUAAAAAUAAAAAGAGAAGCUUCCAACUGGCAGAAUAUUUCCCAACAGCUUUUUUCACUCUGGGAUCCUCCAGAAAUAUUCUAAUCCUAACUUCCAACAUUCCCAGGCACAUGCUAAUAUGCCUUAGAAUUCUGGGAAUUGUAGGCCGAUCAUUUUGGAAAAACACCGGGCAAGGUAGAGCCCGGUAAAGAAAGUAAACGUCCCCUAAACUUGUAUACCCUACAUUUCACUCCUGUUCCUUACGAUACCAGUUGGAACUAAACGGGACCGAAACACCCGCUUUAUUUUCCAACUUAGAACCGUGGGUAUUUUUUUUCCCGGGACAGAAGUUACGUGCUGUACCCUUUGCCCUCCAACCCAGGCACCCAAAAUUAAUCCGUUUGAACGAGUCUGAGCGGAUACGAUUAACACCUCAAGGCUCGCAGGUGAACAGGUGAUUGACUGACAGGUUCCUUCCUUUUUCUAACACGCUUCCAAUACAACACAGUAGAGAUUUGGGUUUCUUUUUGCCCCGCCAAUAACGACCAUUGCCAGCCAGAAACUGAACUACCCCUAUUCAGCACCGAGAAAAGCUUAGCCUGUUGAUCGGCCGGCAACGGCUUAAAAGCGUAAGGCCGGCAAGGGAGGGAAGGAGGAGGCAAAGAGAAAGAGAAGCGGAAAACGCCUGAGUCGGAUGGGCCGAAGCGCAUGUUAACCUGCUUUCCUACUCCACCCGUCGGAAAGGGCCGGGUGCGUUAUCUCCGGGACUGGCAGAGGGCGGAGCAGAAGGAGGCCAGAGUUUCCCCGCCUUCCACCUCCCUCCCGCCAUUACGGAGACAAGGCAGUACAAAAAGAGCGAGCGAACGACUGCGCAGCGGUGCCGCCCCCUUGCCUAGCACUUGAGUGAGCGCGGGGGAAACCGGGCCGUGAGGCAGGGAAGCGGCCUCACGGGCGAGCGGCCGGUUGCGGCCGCUUUGCUCGCUCUCCUUUCUGCGGGGAAGGAUGGCGGAAACUGCGGGGCUGAGCUCUCAAGCCGCAGCUGUAGCGGCGCCGUCAUUCCGCGCCGCGGUUAUAACUGCUGAAGCCUUCUCCGUCGCUGCUUCUAGGGUCCCGCAGAGGUGGAAACACAUUCGCAGCCCUGGGGCCGCUAGCUGAAUCACCGUUUCCUGGUACUUCUUUGGCGCUCGGGUUAGAAGGACGAGCGGUGGACGUUUCGUUCUCUACUCAGUUUCGCCGGCGGGUCCCACUGAAAGGAGAGGCGGGAGAAGAACGAAGAGAAAAAAGGUGGUAGCGAAGGAAGCACCAUGGGCGCUAAGCAGAGCGGCCCGGCAGCCACCAACGGCCGAACGCGGGCUUAUUCCGGGGGAGACUUGCCGUCCGGCAGUAGCAGCGGCGGCAUUAAUGGGACGGGCGGGCGGCCGAUAGGCGGAGCGAUGAGAUACACACACCUGGCGCCUGGAGCGCACCAUGCGGCCUCCGGCUCCUCGACUAGCAGCGGAGCGACGACGGCGGCUCCCCCUUUAGCCGCUCCCAGGAGUAGGUCUCUGGGCGGACCAACUAUCUCCGGGGCUAGAGCGGCGCAUUCUGCCUUCCACAUCCCCAACAGCAGCGGCCUCUAUGGCUCCCAAGACUCGGUCAGCAGCACUCCCGAGGAAGGGGGCCGGGAACGAGCCACGGCGAGUGGCGGUGCAGAAGGACCCGGAGAGAUAAGCGGAGGACCCCGGCUGGUUAUCGGCUCGCUUCCCGCGCACCUUUCGCCUCAUCUUUUUGGAGGAUUCAAAGGCCCAGUUUGUUCCAAGUUUGUUUCUUCAGAAGAAAUGGAUUUACAUCUUGUGAUGUGUUUGACAAAACCAAGGAUAACUUACAAUGAAGAUGUCCUGAGUAAAGAUGCUGGAGAAUGUGCAAUAUGCUUGGAGGAACUGCAGCAAGGGGAUACAAUAGCACGAUUGCCUUGUUUAUGUAUAUAUCAUAAAGGAUGCAUAGAUGAAUGGUUUGAAGUAAAUAGAUCUUGUCCUGAGCAUCCUUCAGAUUAAUCACCAAGUUUGCUGCUUUUAAAGUCUCUUACACUGCUUACCAGAAGUAAUAGAUGUGAAGUUCCAUCAUUAGAAGUCAAUCUAAAAGUGAACUUGUGUUCAUUUUGGAGUGAGAAAGAAGAAGAUGGAACAAGCAUGGGACAAAUGAUGCAAAGCUGGAUCCUCAGUGUACCAAAUGCUCAUCUAAAGGCAUCACAGGGAUUUUGAAAAUGCUGCACAUCCUGGAAAAAUUCUCUCUCACAAACUUCAUAGAUAUUUUAUAUUUAUAGGCCAAAGUUACUUUCAUUUUUUUAAAAGCAGAAUGCUCUGACAUAAUUCCUUGAACAGAAGCUGUAUGUUCUACAUCAGUCUGGAACAUUUUACAAGGAAGAUGCCAUUUUUUAUUUAGAAUCACCUAUUCUUUUUUCUCACAGUAAAGGAGAAGACAAACUAUGAGAUACAGAAAUUCUUCAUCCAAUAUGCUGUUCACAUUUUUAUGGAAAAUAAUGCAAUGUUCUUUCUUUGAAUCUUUGAAAAUUUUGUAAGUAAAACUUUGUCACAAUGCAGCCCAAAGAACAAAAUGCAAUCAAGGCUAAUUCUGAAUUAAUAUUCUUGAUCCAAUUAGAGUUAUUGAAAUCCAUAAUCUCUUCUCAUUUCUGUAUAAUAAAAUACAUUGUAAAUAUUAAUGCAGUAAUUUUUUUGAAAAUGCAUAAUCUAACAGCUAUGCAAUAUUUUUUUAAAAAACUGAUAGGGACAUGGCAAAUAACAUCUUUCAGAAUGCUGCCAGUCAAGCUAAUUUAACGGGUAUUAUAUUUUUAAUGUUUCAGGUAGUUAUUUUCUUAUACUAUCACAGUUACCAGGCCACCUUUCCUUAAGUUCAGUAGUCACAAAGAUAGGGAAGAUGAAAUGUUUCAUUGGGAUAAUGUCUGGCCUUUUUUUAACUUUUGUAUUGGAGAUUACUAUAUCUCAAUGGCUGGUCAUAGCAGAUUAUAAUAAUUUGCAUCAAUGUCAUUGCUAAUAUUAACUGUAAUCCUAUACCCAGUCAUAUGCGCUUCUUGUUGAUAUAAACAGGCUUACAUAUUUUCUGGGUAUAUUGCCUGUAUUCUUGAAUCUAUAAUACUUUACUACACAAUUGUGUCUUAUCAUAAAUUGUAAAAUGGGCUUUCUCUGAUAGGAUAGAGAAGAAGCUCAUCAAAUAAAAUUAUGAGCCAUUAAUAUAUUUGAGGAUGUUUUUUAGAAGCAAUUAAAAUAUCUUAUAAAGUUUGUGACAACAUGAAAAAGUAUUUAAUAAAGGUGAUGGAAACUUAACAUGAAACUUAAAAUGAGAAAAAUAAGUUGUGUAAUCAGAUUAUUUCAUUAUAUUUAUGUAUUCUGUUCCCCUAAGAUCAUUUAAAAACAAAUUUCUGUUGACUAUUAUUGUUAUUAAUUACUGCUGUUAUAUUGCACAUAAUUCAUGUGCAUAUAGAAAUAUUUCAUACAUUUGCUGUACAUUCACAAUUCUUAAAAUUUUAAACCAAAUAUUAAAUUCAUGAAGAAUGUCUUUUGCAGUGUACAUAUGUAUUAAAUGCUAUAGCCAGCAAACUUUACUUUCUUCAGAAAGAAAAAAAUAUUCUUUUUUCCUUCUCUGGUUCAAUAUUACAUAGUGGUCAGAAAUUGAUGUCCAGCAAGCAUGAAAUUCCCAAACCACAUUUGCUUGCAAUGUGCAAAAAACGAACAACAACCCAAGAAGGGUUAUUUACAGGAAAGAAGUCAUGAGGGACAAGUGGCAAGAACCUGAGUCUUUUCCUAUUCAUUGGUUUUUCUCUAAAAGGUUUGUUUCAUUUUUCAGCACUAAAUUCGCAAAACAAAACCAAAAAUAUGAAAGAUUUUUCUUUUAUUCAGAACAUCUAAGACAACUUUAAUUAAAACAUAAUAUUGGUGUAGUGUAGUGUGGGGAUGAGAGAACUUUGCAAUUUUGAGAUUUAAUUUGUUUUUUAACUGGAUCGACUGUUUAAGAACCAGGUGCAAAAUACUGAGAUCAGCCAGAGCCAAGUAAAAAGGACAUGUAACUAGAAAUAAAACAAACUUUUGGAUACAAAAUACUUUUGAGAAUCAGAUAUUUAUUUGAAUUUUCCUAAUUAUCUCAUCCCUUCAUUUUAUUUGUUUGAAAUAAUUUAUUUUUUCUUUGUGCAACUCUCAAAUUGAUCCUGAUCCCCAAACCAAUGCCUUAUAAGGGAAGAGAGUUUCUUUCCCUAUUAUUUUAACUGCCACUACUUAUGUAAUAGGGAUAGUCUUCCUCAGAUAUUCUGGAUUUUUUGAACAAAUCCUACAAAGAAAUGUGAAAGUUAAAGAGUUUGUAUUAAAUAUACUGCUCUGCUUACUAGACAGAAAAAUCAAAAAGCAUUGUUCUAAAUUAAUUCACUAAUAAAAUGAAUUUGAGAUUUACAGGCCUAGGGUAAAACCAUGUAAGUUAGAAGAUCAGGCCUACUGCAAACCAUAGUUCACUGGGUGAACUGUAGUAACUGUAAUGAUAACCACUUAGCAAUCAAAAGGUACAUUCUUUCAUGAGAAAGUUGCCAGAGGCCACAUCUGGCUGAGUUGAUGCCAAAUUCUAAAUGGUAGAUACUACUUUUAUUAUUUCCUUCUUCCUUUCAUUAUCACUUCUUCACACACUACCCAUCUAUUCAUUGAAACAAACAUGCACACACAUAUAGUCCUGGUAGGAUGUGAGGACCAGAACACAGCUCCUUUUCCUGCAGCAAUGCAUUGAGAGUCCCAAAGAUGCUUUUUCCAAAAGGGACUGUCUUGGUUUUUUCCUUUGAAAACAUUUCACUUCUCAUCCAAGAAGCCUCUUUAGAAGCGAAACGUUUUCAAAGGAAAAAAGUCCAGUUGCCUUUUGGAAAAAGCAUCUUUGGGACAUCCAUUGCCUAGAUGAUUGGGAAUCUCCAUAGGGUAUAGUAUAAAGGUCCAGAAGGUGUUAGAAGCAAAACCAUAAGAGGGCAGCACCAGCAACAUUAUUUCAAAAAUUGGUUAUGUUAUUCUCAGUCAUUGUUCUCUCUGGUUGAGAUAUAUAAAUGAGUUAGCCUGCUUUUCUCUGCAUGAGGAUGGGAAUACAUAGGAGACUGAAAUCUACAUGUAGACUAGUUAAUGCCUUUAUGUUGAAAGUUAAACUAUUUCAACCUGAUAUAAUACUAGCACAUCUGAAGAGCAACACUCUUAAAUUCUAAAUAACUAUCUCAACCUAGUGUUAAGUUGUUCCAGCACACUUGGAGCCAUAAAGUUGGAAAAGGUUGCUAUGAACAAAUGGAAAACAACAGUAUUUAUUUAGGCUGCUGGUUUGUAUAUUUGAUAAAUUGACACAACAAGAUGUCCAGCAGAGGUUAUUCCAUGAAAUAACAUUAAUACCAUGCAAUAAUUAUCUGUACAAGUUAUCAGCCCAGGUGUAUUUUUAAGCUAUCAAGUCUUGCUUCAGGUCUUGAAAAAAGAUUAAAAAAUUAAAAUAGUUCUAAUUAGUUGUGAACUAUUUAUUAAAUUGUAGAUUACCAUGGAUUGCCUUUAAUAUCCUAAAUGCAAUUAUAUUGAGGUGUUAACAAGGCAGAAAUUAAGAAUAUUUUAAUUGAUUUCAUAGAUUAAUUUAUCUAAAGGGGCCAAUCAAUUGUUGAUUGUUCUGUUUACAAGAUCUAUAAAGAGCAUCCUGACUCAACACUUUCCCAUGUUUUGACACCCCGACUUUUAAAUACUGGCAACAAUUUCAACAGAUUGUUUACACAAACUGCAAUGAUGGUUUUGGAAAAAUAUAAUCUGUGGUUUCCAAAUCUGAUUUUCAGAUAAUCUUUUUUCAUGUUGAUCUUGUUUAUUUAUUGCUUACCAAUGAGCCACUGGGUUGCAGAGAAUUUGGAAAUAUCUCCUUAAUUCAUGUGAACUAUUGGCCACCUCACUGUACACAUUGGUAUAGCUGAAAGUGGUAUACAUUCUAUUAAGCAUGAUUUCUUUGGUUUGGGAUUUGCAUGCUGUGUCAAUUCAAAUGUUGUGAUUUGCACACUAUGACAAGAAUUAUUGUAGUGUUUAAGACCAGCCAAAUAUGAUUUAUUUAAAAACAUGGUUAAACAAAUCACAAUGUAGCACAAUGUGUAAUAUAGCCAGAACUUAAAUGGUAAUAUAUAUUGUGGGCAAGGAUUUGUAACAGUAAACAAAUUUAGGAAAGCUAUCUUUUUUUAUCUUCUUAUUGUGAAACUCCUAAAAAGCUUCCAAUGUUUUCUUGAAACUGUGGGAACUGUGAAUGCCUUAUAUAGGCACUCAUUAAAGUGGGAUUGAAAUGUGAUUUUGGUUUAACAAGAACUCUAAUGUCACCUCCCUACUAGUCUUAAAUACACAUAAUAAUUUGAAAAAUAAUACAAAGAUAUUAGAGUAUACAUUUGAAGAAACUAAAUUGCCAAACCAACUUUUAAAUGUGAGAGGAUGAUUAAGGAAUAACUAGACUGGUGAAGAGUAUGAACUUUUUAACCUUCCCUGAAGUUAUUUGGAUGGUUGAAAGAACCUACUGAAAAUCAGCAGUUCAAAUUAACUAUUUCCACAAAAUGGGAAAUGAGACUUUGAGAAUGAAUAAUUUAAUGAGAAACAUUAUAAUAUUUGGUGAUGACAAUAAGCAAGAAAUCUUCCUUCAUUCUGUUGAUAAAAGAAUGUAAUUAGUAAUAUUGAAUGUAAAAUAUAUUUGAUUUUUUUUAAAAUGAGUUAUAUGAUUGGGGAAAAUUACUUGAAUUUUUUUUUAAGGUACAUCUACUUAGUCUGGAAGUAUACAAUUAUUUUUAUUUUACUGAUCAAGGCUAUACAUUUUAAGUAACAUUCCAUUUGUUUAAAAUAUGUACAUGUCAAUAAAAUUUUGAAGCAUA